AUGGCAGAUUGGAAAGAAAAUGUGGAUAUAAGAUUUCAAAGAAAAAGUAAGUUGAACAGUAUUAUUUUACAUAUACCCAAUCACCUCCUACCCGCCUUUUACUUCAACUUCCGAUUCCUCCGUCAAACUCCAGCCACCACUGCGGAUUAUCGUUUCCAAAUUGCAAGAUCUUCAUCCUGUCACUUGAAAAAUAACAUCAGAAAUAAAGCAGUUAAAAUGGCCGAUUAUACUUUCGGACCUCACAAAAUUGAUCACAACGACGUCUUCUACACCACUGAUCUUCUAUACGCUUUUGUGAAUCUACGCCCUGUUCUUCCUGGUCAUAUCCUUAAUUCAAGUAUUACGCUUUGA